AUGUUCAAGAAGGCGGUGGAAGCCAAGUCUCAGCAGAGAUUAUCCGGUGCCGACAGGAAGAAGCUAAAACGAACCAUUAGAGACAAAUUCCCAAGAGCUUCUGAUUCUGACCUAGACAUUCUACUUCCUCCUAAGGUAGAGAUAACAGUGGCCAAGUUUCAAACUCGAGUUCAUGUGUAUGCUGUGGAGGGAGGUUUUCCUGUGUUUUUCGACGUCGAUGGUCGCGGUUCGGACAUUUUCCCAACAGUUUAUGCUCUAUGGAUGGUCCCUGAGCUUCUGCCAGCUUUCAUACUCAAGGGUGGCGAGGUUUCUCGGUAUGUUAUAGGUGGAGCUGACUUGAUGUUCCCUGGUAUACUUGUGCCUCCUGAAGGUCUUCCAUCAUUUGCGGCUGGAAAAACAUGGGCGGUUAAAGUACCCGAAAAUCCUGCACCCAUUGCGGUUGGGAGUACAAUGAUGAGCAGCGUCGAAGCUUUGAAAGCUGGGUUACGUGGAAAAGCGUUGAGAAUAACUCAUUAUUAUCGCGAUUUGCUUUGGGAAUCAGUUGAAGGCCGUUACGUGCCUAAUGAAGGUUUUUUGGAAGAUGUUGUGUUCGGGCAUCCUUCUUUAUUAUCACCACCUUCUCAUGACACUGAUUUGGCUGAGGCUUCUGGUGAGUCAUCAAAUGGCCAACAAAACAUCACGAAAAGUGAUGAAGCGGAUGGGUCUCUGAAUGUAAAUGAGUUACCAGCCGACUCGAGCCAUACAUCAACAAGACCAAACAGUGAUGAAAAUACGGCGGAAGAAAUAACUGCUGGCAUGGGUGAUCUGAAAUUACCUGAUAGUGGCUCGCCUAAUGAACCAAAUGACCAACAUACUCUAUCAACCUCAGAUGUAGAUUUGUUGUUAGAUAAGUGCCUUUUGCAAGCACUGCAUACAACAUUGAAGGAUAAAGACCUCCCCAUUCCUGGAAGCACUCUAUGGUCAAACCAUGUAUUGCCAUGUAGGCCUUCAGGAAUGACCUUAGACAUCAAGAAGUCUUCAUACAAGAAGUUAUCUAAGUGGUUACAGACCAAAUCCUGCGCCAUUCUGCUACCAACAGACAAUGCCAGCUACAACCACUACCCUGCUACAAACUCACACCAGACCAACCAUUCUGCUAUCCCUGCUUUAACUCCUCCCACACCAGACAACUCUGCGACAAUACAGCCUGCCCCCUGCUACACUAGGUUGUACAAACCUGCAACCUGUAGUGAAAACCAAACCAACCAGCAAUAUAACAGAACUUAA